CGCUGCUGGUAAUCCCCUGAAAUCUUAAACCCUUGAAACCCAAAAACCCUUUCUUUUUGUCUCUGUCUCUGUCUCCUCUGUGGAAACUCAAAAAUGGGUUUGGGUCCUCGAUUGCAAUUGAUCCGGAAUCUCUAUCGAGCAAAAAAUCAAAUUCCAGAAUUGUCCCGUUUGCUUGGGAGCUCAGGAAGAUAUUCAAAUGUCAUUUCACAUGAUUCCAAAUCCUGGGGCAAUUCCUCUUGUUUGGAUGGAAGAUAUCUUAAUCAUCAAUCAUGUAAUAAAUGGACUGUUCCGCUAGCUAUUUGUAGGACCAUGUCAUCCUGUGUAACUAAGGACCCUAGAGGACUUCCUUGGACUCCUGGUACUAAAAUCAUACUUCAAGCAACAACGGUAGCUGAGCUAUCCAAUUUUGGCUAUGCUAGAUUUGUUACAACACAAGCAAAAGCUCCAGCCCAAGCACGACUAAUGGGAGCACUUCAGGUAUCUAUGCAGAGUCCUGGAAUUGUGUAUGAGCCAUAUGCACCUCGUGAAAAGAUUCCUUUCUGGAGAAGGUGGUUUACAAGAAGUGGUUGGCGUAGAACAAAAGAUGAUCUUAUUUUAGAGCUCAAAACUGCGUAUGCCAUUGCUAAAUUGCGAAAAUCUGGAUACUCUAAACAGAAGUUCUAUAAUGAAGCUUUUGACUUAUACAAAGAGAUAAGUACUAAAGUUGCUAAUGGAGACAAAACAUCAUUGAGGAAAUUAGUUACAGAGAAGAUGUAUUCUGCUCUCAAGAAUGAAAUCAAGCAAAGAGAAUCCAGGUGGAGUAAAAUGUAUUGGGAACUGGUGGAACCAGCAGUUCAAAUACAAACACUACGUGCUCGACUGAUUGCCAUUGAUCGGGAAAAUCUUAAUAAGGCGUUUGCACAGCUUACACUUGAAUUUUUGACUAAACAGAAGUAUGAGGCAUAUGAUACAAAUGGAACUGUUGUUGCUGGAGACAAGGACAAGGAGGUUCUUGUGCGUGAGAUAUGGGUUUUUGAGAAAUCUCUCUUCCACCCUGGAGCAUAUUGGCGUCUAUGUGGACGAAUCAACACUUCGUGAGGUUUUAUCUGAUGAGGAGAUAUUUUGUAAACUAAAAAUUUUGAAUAAUGGCAUCUUAUUAUUUUUUAGAAUUUGUUUGUUCAGUAAAAUUUCUGAUGUAAAGGACUAAUUUUAAUUUUUUUUUUGGCCACGAAUAGCUUAUACCGUGAAUUCCCUGUAAGUCAUUGGGCAGAUUCAAAUAGCUACUUUCAUGCUUGUAAAGUUGAAUGAGGGGAUGACGGUUUGGAGUUUUUGAACACUGCACUUAUUUUAAGUGAUAUUCAUCUAAUGACUUGUGAAUUCCCAGUGGAUAUGUACUUUACAGCAUUGAUAUACUCGAAUUCUUGUUCGUCUAGUUGUUUAACCAUUUUGGGGAAUCUUAGAUCAUGGGUAGUCGGAUCAUUUAUCUUUAAUUUUCAGACCUUGAGACUUAUUUGCUGGAUCUUUGAAAUAAUCCAUUUUGUGGAAUUACAUGCAUGGUUCAUAUUAAGGUUUGUUACUACACAGGACAUCAGUUUAUGAACACAACCUCUUCCCGACAAAGGGGGGAGAAAGGAGGUGAAGGGAAAGACUUUAUGCACUAGAUUUACUGAAUGAAAAACCAGCAAAGGUAGGUUUUUCAUUUUUGUUAUGCUUUCUAAUCUGCUGAACAUUAAUUUACCCUUCAGAUGAAGUGCUGCUAGGAUUGUAAUUUGCGACUUGGUAGAGCCAUCUUUAAAUUCAGUGUUGUGAUUGGUUUUGUGGUGUUCGUUGAACAUCAAAGCAUACUAACAUGUUUUGUUAUUAUCUCUGGCAUUCAUGUAUAGAUAAUAGUCUUGGGGGUUGUCCUCCCCCCAUUCAUUUCCUUUACCAAAUCUUGGACUUUGGCCCGUUUCAAAUUUCUACAAAUAUGUGUCAAAUGUGCUAAAUUCAGUCAAGAUUAGGAAUAUUUUGCGGAACUCAAGAGUUGGGCUAAAGUGACUCGGGUAUUCCUGGGAACUGAAGACCAUACCAGGAAUAUCAACAGUCAUCCUUUUUCUUACUCAUGGUAAUCCUUCAACUAAUAUUCAAGGAAAAAGAAAGGAAAACUUUUCUGGCAUAAAGUAAUCCUUGUUGCUUGACGUGUGGGAGAUUCUCUCCCAUAACACUGUGAUUACCUUGCGUUCGGAUGAAGCAAGCCCUCGAUGUUUUUAAUGCAACCUCUGAAGAAUGGGGGAGGAUAUGGAUGAAUUAAAGGGCAGCCCUGAAAGCCUUGGCAUUUUUGGCAUAUUCAUCAAUUUCAUCCUGCCUACAGAAUGUUUUGUGCGGGAUGCUUUAGCCAUUUUCUGCAGACUCUUCAUCUUCAUAGCAAGUUCUGCAGUUCUAGCAGCACAAGACUUGAAGCAGCAUUUGAGUUUGGGAGGCUUUCUUGGCCAUGGAUUUUAUAUCGUCCAGAGACUGCAUGAUUGGAUCAUGCAAACCCUGGAAGCUCAGGCCAUGAAGCCUGUGACUUUAGGACGCAUGCCUGCGCAAUCGCAACAUCGAACUAGCACCAGAAAAGAUCAAAAUCUGCAUUUGACUUCUCAUACAAAUCCAUCUGAAGUGAAGGAUUAUUGUCCAAUGAAUGCAGCAAAACAAACGGAACCGGUUAGGUACCACUCGAGCUUCCCCAGAGAUGAAAGAGAGCUAUCACAACUCCCAAACGGUGUAGAUGAUGAAGUUCUUUCUUCCUGCUCAUCUAUACAAAAGAAAGAUGGUGAAGAUAUGGCAAAAGAUCAGGAGUCAACUGUGCCAAGCGUCGUGCUUUUCCCUCAAAAAAGAGCUCCCAAGGAGUCGGUUAGCAAAAAUGAGAAUGUAGAGAUAUUGAAGGAAAUUAAACCAAAUUAUUUUAUUAUUUAAUUUCCUAAAUUCUUUGAGUUUCUUAUUUCAGUGUCUAGUUUUGAUAAGGUAUAGUUUCCGUAAUUGAGGCCAGGUCCAAAUAGUAACGAGUCAAGUGUUAGUCCAACUCCUAGUUGGUUUGAAUUGAUUACUCCUUGGGUUAGUCUCUCUCUCUCUGGUUUGAAUUGGUUACUCCCUUGGGUUAGUCUCUCUCUCUCUCUAUAUAUAUAUAUAUAUAUAUAUAUAUAUAUCGCACUACUACAAGCAUGUUAACACUUGAGGAGGGACGACUCCAAGGAAUUGCUAGAGUUGUGAGAGCCGUGAGCACAAGAAUGAAAGGUCUCCGGCUUGUCUUUUGUUGUUUUUGAGAUUUGAUUCAAUAAAAUGAUUGAGGUUUGAUUGUGAGUUUA